GAACGCGGGGUCCGGACGUCGUGUGGCUGAUGACCGCAUUUGUUGCCAAAACGUACCUAGUUUUGUGUGCCCUCUUGAACUUGCCUUGAGUGCGUUUUACGCGACUGUAUGAAACAUGGAGACUAUUUUGGAGCAGCAACGUCGCUAUCAUGAAGAAAAGGAGAGGCUAAUGGAUGCUAAAACUAAAGAAGUAUUACACAAGAAAUCGACGUUGCGGGAACAGAUCAAUUCUGAUCAUAGGACAAGAUCUAUGUUGGAUAGAUAUAUGGAAGUGAGUGCCAAUCUCAGAGACUCCUAUGAAGACAAAGAUGGAAUGAGGAGGGAUGAGCUUGCUGCGAUCUCAGGGCCCAAUGAAUUUACAGAGUUCUACAACAGACUUAAACAGAUAAAGGAGUUUCACAGAAAGCACCCAAAUGAAAUUUCCAUUCCAAUGGCUUCAGAGUUUGAAGAGCUGAUGAAAGCCAGAGACAACCCUAGUGACGAAGCUCAGAAUCUCGUGGAAUUCACGGAUGAGGAAGGAUAUGGCCGCUACCUCGACCUCCAUGACUGCUACCUGAAGUACAUAAACCUGAAGGCAGCUGAGAAAACUGAGUAUAUCACUUACCUGUCAUCAUUUGACCAGCUGUUUGACAUUCCCAAAGACAGAAAGAAUGCAGAAUACAAAAAGUAUUUGGAGAUGCUGCUCGAGUACCUGCAGAACUACACGGACCGGGUCAAACCUCUACUUGACCAGAAUGACCUCUAUGAUAAAGUACUGUCAGAUUUUGAGAAAAAGUGGGAAAGCGGCGCAUUUCCAGGCUGGCCUAAAGAGACAAGUAGUGCAUUAACACAUGCUGGAGCUCACCUGGACCUUUCAGCCUUUUCAUCUUGGGAGGAGUUGGCUUCCUUAGGUCUGGACAGAUUAAAGUCGGCUCUUCUGGCAUUGGGACUUAAAUGUGGAGGGACUCUUGAAGAGAGAGCUCAGCGACUCUUCAGCACCAAAGGCAAAUCUUUGGAAUUGCUGGAUCCUUCUCUGUUUGCCAAAAAUCCCAAAGCUAAAGGUCCUAAGAAAGACACAGAGCGAAACAAGGAAAUUGCCUUUCUGGAAGCUCAACUCUACGAGUAUGUUGAAAUCGUUGGUGAGCAGAGACAGCUUACGCAUGAGAAUGUGCAGCGAAAGCAAGCCAGAACUGGGGAGGAACGUGAGGAAGAGGAGGAGGAGCAGCUGAGUGAGAGUGAAAGCGAAGAUGAAGACAAUGAGAUAAUCUACAACCCUAAGAAUUUGCCGCUUGGCUGGGAUGGCAAGCCAAUUCCAUACUGGCUCUAUAAACUCCAUGGCCUGAAUAUCAACUACAACUGUGAAAUCUGUGGAAACUACACCUACCGAGGACCCAAAGCCUUUCAGCGACACUUUGCGGAAUGGAGGCAUGCCCAUGGUAUGCGCUGUCUUGGAAUCCCCAACACUGCCCACUUUGCCAAUGUGACACAGAUUGAGGAUGCUGUCUCUUUGUGGGCAAAACUGAAGUCCCAAAAGGCCUUAGAACGUUGGCAACCUGACACAGAGGAAGAGUAUGAGGACUCGAGUGGAAAUGUAGUCAAUAAAAAAACUUACGAGGAUCUCAAGAGACAAGGGUUACUGUAGGUAUCAAUGCUAUUUUACCAAGGUAUUAGUCAAUUGUUUUUUUUUUUUGUAUCCUUUUGGAUAUGGACCCACUCUCCGUUCCCCAUCUUUAUUUUGUAAUUUAGUAAUUUUUGAUCCUCAAAAUAAAGAUCAUAUUUUGGCCUCUCUAAAAAGUUACAUUUUUUUUCUCCAGUGUUUUGAGGUGAUGUAUUUCAAUAGAUGAAUCUGCAUGUCCUAAAAUUCUGCUUUGUAAGUAGAAUUCCACUCGGUUUGCUCAGGCCUAUGUAAAUAGCAAGUACAAUUUUCCAAGUAUAAUGGCAAGAUUUGUUACUCGACACCAUGCAUGUCAUUUCAAAUGUGCGUGUGCAGCACUGGGAGGCUGCGUAGCAGUAAUCUACACAUGCCCGUUCAAAUGUCAGGUGUUUGCGAUGUAAAAAAUGAGAUCAAGAUAAAUUAUUUGAAAACUUUUUCCACCUCAAUGUGACCCAGCAGCGAUUCUAGGAUUAGAAGUAGGGGUGCUAACAGUUUCUACACCGGAGCGCAUCGAUAGGGGGGUAUUUGGUCGGCGAGUAGGGGAGGGGUCGGUUGAGAGCCCUUUUUUUCGCACACGCAAACAAAAUGUUAGGUUUUGUAUAACAGAUAUUGUGUUUCAAGGCGGGCGCGCCCACACACACACACACACACACCAUUAAGCGUUAAAAACAGAAUGAAAGCAUUUCAUGUGGGCAUUA